AUCGAAGCUCAACUGCUCCACCAGGCCGCUCACCACCGAAUGCGGCCAUGGACCCCAAGCAGCGGAACGCCCAUGCACUGCGCAAUCGCGUCAACGACCUCAUGAACGAGCUCCUAAAUCAAUACCGCGCCAUCCUGGCCGUCGCCCGCGAAGACGAGAACCCCGACUACAGCCAAUCCGCACAGAAGGAGCUCGCGAUCAAGGAGGGCGCAAAUAUGUCGAUGUUCAUACGCGAUCUCCAGGAGCUGUGGCUGUUUGGCGGGCUGGAAACGCUGGCAGACGAGAAGGAUGCGGAGGUGGAGAGGCAGAAGGCGUUGGAGGUCGCGGGGCUCGUGGAGGGGCUUGUGGGGAAGCUGCCUCAGGCGUGGAAGGUGCCGGAUGGUGAACAGAAUGGAGCGCAGAAUGGGAUGGCAUGA